AUGGAGGUCAAAUGUGGCUCACCAAGAAAUGGUACGAACACUGAGUCUAUUUCAAUCACUGAAGCGAGCCCUGGGGAAGCAUACAAUUACACCUGCACCCAUGGCUUCACAUCAGAUCCUAAUAACCUGACGGUAGUUUGUCAACUGAACGAUGAGGGAACUAUUGCUAGCUGGUCUCUAACGCCGUCUACUUGCUCAGAGGUCAAAUGUGGCUCACCUGAAAAUGGUACAAACACAGAGUCUGUUUCAAUCACUGAAGGACAAUCUGGGGAAGCAUACAAUUACACGUGCAGUCAUGGCUUCACAUCAGACCCUAAUAACCUGACGGUAGUUUGUGAACUGAACGCUGAGGGAACUAUAGCUAGCUGGUCUCUAACGCCGUCUACGUGCUCAGAGGUCAAAUGUGGCUCACCUGGAAAUGGUACGAACACAGAGUCUAUUUCAAUCACUGAAGGAAGCCCUGGGGAAGCAUACAACUACACAUGCAGUCAUGGCUUCACAUCAGAUCCUAAUAACCUGACGGUAGUUUGUCAACUGAAUGAUGAGGGAACUAUAGCUAGCUGGUCUCAAACGCCAUCUACUUGCUCAGAGGUCAAAUGCGGCUCACCUGAAAAUGGUACGAACACAGAGUCUAUUUCAAUCACUGAAGCGAGCCCUGGGGAAGCAUACAAUUACACCUGCAGCCAUGGCUUCACAUCAGACCCUAAUAACCUGACGGUAGUUUGUCAACUAAACGAUGAGGGAACUAUUGCUAGGUGGUCUCUAACGCCGUCUACUUGCUCAGAGGUCAAAUGUGGCUCACCUGAAAAUGGUACAAACACAGAGUCUGUUUCAAUCACUGAAGGACAAUCUGGGGAAGCAUACAAUUACACGUGCAGUCAUGGCUUCACAUCAGACCCUAAUAACCUGACGGUAGUUUGUCAACUGAACGAUGAGGGAACUAUAGCUAGCUGGUCUCUAACGCCAUCUACUUGCUCAGAGGUCAAAUGUGGCUCACCUGGAAAUGGUACGAACACAGAGUCUAUUUCGAUCACUGAAGGAAGCCCUGGGGAAGCAUACCAUUACACCUGCAGUCAUGGCUUCACAUCAGACCCUAAUAACCUGACGGUAGUUUGUCAACUGAACGAUGAGGGAACUAUAGCUAGCUGGUCUCAAACGCCAUCUACUUGCUCAGCACCUUCAAGUUCAACGUUGCUGAGGGUACGGGUCGUUGUCAUGGCUAUAAACUCUAAAGAGCGGAAGUAA